AUGCCAUCUUCCGACAGCGACAGGAUAGGCCGGGACGGGGUCGAAUGGGACGCUUCCGACGAACAAGCCGUCCUCAACUUCUACAGUGUCACCGCUGCAGUUCCUGCUGCGAUUAAGGUCGUGCCAGCCGUCUCCACAAAGACAGUGUAUCCCGCUGAUGUACCAACCACCCAUCUCGAAUUCUCCGGCGAGGAAACCGGCGACGAAGCCCGCGUGUUUCAGCUGGGAACCCCCCGCCAGGACCAUUUUCCGCUGCUGCCCGGCCUAGUACUGACUGCUAACGCAGGGUGCCCCGUGUGUCGACUUCUCGUAAGCGCUCUAUCGCGACCAGAUAUCGUCGCCCGAGCUGGUGGGGAGAAGCAGGCUCCGGGGCCCAUCUCGUUACGAUAUAGAUACCCCUGGAGGAUGCUGAAACCCGGCUUGGUGUCUGUUAUGGGCUUGUCCAGGCUCCUGGUAUCUGCUAUCUUUGAGAACGGGUCAGAGUCGACGCUUUGCUUCACCAUCGAAGCGGAGCCUAAACCAUGCGCCGAGUGGCUCAGAGUGAAACCGGCUCCGAGCCGGGAAGUUCUCAGCGACGCCAACAUCAGAUGGCUACGAGAAACGCUCCAGGAAUGCCUCGAGUCCCAUAGACACCCCCGAUCUCCAUCUCCGAUCCUCCCCACACGCCUGCUGCAACUCUUCGACGCCGGUGUAAGGCUGAUCAAUGUGCGGGACCACGGCUUGUCGCCGGAGGAGGCCAAAUAUACCGCGCUCAGCUACUGCUGGGGUCCGGCCCCCGAAAGCUUAAAACAGCCCAAGCUCACUGAUAUGACGGCCGCCAGGCUCAAGGCUGGAGUAAGUCUCGACGACUUGACCGAGGUGCUCAAGGACGCCGUCGUGGCGACCCGAGCCCUAGGUAUCGGCUACAUCUGGAUCGAUGCGCUCUGCAUUAAGCAGGAUAGCCUCGAUGACUGGAACACCGAGUCCGCGAGGAUGGGAGACAUAUACGGCAAUGCCCACGUCACCCUUUGUUCCCUGGCAUCACGUUCGUGCACCCAAGGGUUCCUGGGUCCGCGUGACGGAGCCCCACACUGGCCGCCCACAGCCGCCCUCCCCUUUAGGUCGCGCGUCUCGCCGGACAUCUCCGGCGUGCUGCGGCUCAGGUACUGCGGUGUGCAAGACGCCGAAGGGCGGUGCUCAUGUCAGAGGCCCGAGCCGUUCCCGGACCAGCAGGAUAGCCACUGGUCAUUGAGGGGCUGGACGUACCAGGAGAAAGCCAUGUCGACUAGGAAGAUUUGGUUCGGGACGUCGAGGAUCCACUUCCUCUGUGAUAGGGCUGUGUACACCGAGGGGAUGGCGGCCCGACAGUUGGGCUGGGACACAUCGAUCCAGCGCCAGGUCAUGCACGCGAGUCGCCGUAGAGUGUACAGCGACUGGGAGUGGCAUGCCGUUUUGUUUUCGACGAGAACCCUCACGAAGGCAAGUGAUGCCCUUCCUGCGCUUUCUGGCAUCGCUGCGACUCUUUCUCGUGUAUUGGGGGACGAUUCUUACCAUGCGGGGCUGUGGAGCGGAAAUAUGACUCGAGGAUUGCUGUGGCUUGUCCGCGAGAACGGCCCAAGACGACCCACGAACCUCGCUGGCUUGCUAAGUCGAAUAGAUCCCGCCCGAGCUGACGAGUACAUUGCGCCGUCGUGGAGUUGGAUCGACCGCGGCGAGAUAGACUACGCGCUCCUCGAAAAUGUCCGGGACCGGAUACGAGGCGUUGAUCCCUGGUCUAAGAAGUGGCGCGACGAACAUGAAGAGGCCAUUCAUCCCAUUUCGACGCUCAAGGGGGCGAAUCCUUACGGCGAGGUACUGUGGGCUGAGUUGAGUGUGGGCGUGAGGGUGUGUCCCGUGCCUUUAUCCAGUUUCUAUCCGAGCACUCUGGUGAAAAUUCGGAGUACUGCCCCUGGCCGCCGAGAGAUACGGGACAAUGGCUCGUACCUGGCGGACUGCUGGCUGGACUGGAAUCCCCCUGCGGACAUGGUUACUCCAUCACAUGAAAAAGACACUGGUAUCCAGAUGAUGCUCCUUGGGAGUGUGAAACUGAAAAGGAAUCCUCUUUUUAGACGGGGACUCCCUCUAUGUGGAAACCUAGCCGCUACUACUACAGAGACAGAUACCGGAAAGGCCAAGCGGGAGCGGGACUAUAGCGUUGGGAGUUCCGUAGUAUCUCGCAGUUCUGGCGUCCAGACCGGGAAGAGACUAUGUAAAGAGAGCAGCUCUCCUAUUGACCUCUCGGACGAGUCAAGCGCCUCGGAGCAACUAGUAAGAGAGAAACAUUCAAUUGAAAGUACUCGGGGGAGCAAGCUUUCCGAUAGAGGUGAAGAAGAGGGAGAAGAGGAAGAAGAGGAAGAAGAGGAAGAAGAGGAAGACGACUUCGAGUUUGACUUGGAGAGUGGCUUUGAAACAGAGGAGGAAGAGUCCAGCUAUGAUGACGAGGAGUUGUCCGAUGCCCCUAAAAGGGGCGAAAAGAUUUGUCUAUGCAAAGAGUGCGAGAAGGGAUGGGAACAUGACAGUAUGAGGGUGGCGAUUGGGUUGCUCCUCCACCCGGCGCCCCGCCACGACGGUCGGUUCGUCCGGGUCGGCGUGUUCGUGUCGUUCCCUGUUGGCGUUGGCGGUCUGGGAUACUUUCAGCGGUUCGCUCACCAGAAUGUGGUACUUAUCUGA